GACAUAUUCAUUGAGAUGCGGGUUUUUAAGGAGCUGUGUCUGUCUGUGACGGGGUCCUGGCUGCUUUGCUGACAGGCAGCAGCUCACUCCGCGCACGGAUGAGCGGCGCAAUCAUUCGCUUGGUGGUUAAUAUGGAACAUUUGCACGCAGCGAACAGCGAAAAUCAUUCGCACUCGGGGGGAAAAGGAGGCCUGUAGCUGCGCAAAUUACCCAAACCAAAAUCGUUUCGCUGUUAUUUAUGGCUUCUGGCUCCGGAGAUGAAGAGGGAAACACAGAGGCUGUUUCAUGGAGGCUCAUAGGCCCAGCCUCGGAGCUUUCCAAGAAACGCUGCCGACUAAUGUACUCCUCUCUCGGUUACGACGCUGAUGUUUGCCUUUUCUACGCGAAGGGAGAGUUUUUUGCCAUGGAUGCCCGCUGUGCGCACUCCGGUGGUCCUCUCUGUGAGGGGGACAUUGAGGAGGCGGACGGAGUCCUGCAGGUCUUCUGCCCCUGGCAUGACUAUGACUUUGAUCUCAGAACUGGGAAGUCAGGGACAUCAUUACAGCAACAAGUGUAUGAAGUGAAGCUGGAGGAUGGCAACGUAUACGUGAAGCAUGCAAGUCAUCUCUCCUUAAAACCUUUUCCAGUGGAUAAGAAAAACUGAAUUACCUCAGCACAGCUGCUUCAUCCUUAUUUUAAGACUUUUUCCACAAACACAAGUCAUCCGAAAACAUUCCAGAGCCUUAUCUCUCUUGUUCUCAGAGCUGCUUCUGCUUUGACUGCUCUGAUCUCAGGACUGCAUUGAGAAGAUUGAGUGAAGAGGACAUGACAUCAUUAUAUUGUUUUUCUUGCUAGCAUUCUAGGUAGAGAAUCAUCACAAGCACUGAACAUGUGGAGUUGAGACCUACAGCGGAUCUUUAUGAAACACUUAGCAGCAUAUAAGCAGCAUAAAGAGGGAAAUUUGGGAAAAUAAAUUUUAUUAUUUCUUAUGGAAAUAUUACAGAAUAAAUAUGUGUUUUAAAUGUCUUUUACUUUAUUUACCUAACUUUCCCUAUAUGUUUAUGGCCUCUUGCUUUAUUCAAGUUUUAGGGCCAUGGUUCUCUUAACUGUGUGAUGCUAACCACUGGUGGUACUCACAUUACCUCUAGCGGUACACAAGAAUUUUCCGAUAUCUGCCAAUUUAUUACUUUAUCAAAUUCAAACUAUCAUAUCUCUGGUUUUUCAUGGUCCAUCAACAUUAAACAAAAACUGUGAGAGUUUCAGAUCUGAACAUCCAAGUGAAGCUGACAUCAGCUCUACAGGAAACCUUUUUUGGGGUUAUGGUGCUAUUAUGUGAUUCAGUCAUGCUGGCCUGAUCACAGAUCCUUAGAAAAAGUCUCUGCCUUUACACUCUGCCAAAUUGUAAGGUGCAUGACUCUGCGUUAAAGGCUUCUCUUUACUUGCUGUCAUAUGAAACAGAAGGAUGGAGAGUCAAUCUGAGGCUAAAGCUAGCAUAUAUUGAUCCAGGACUGUCUGUUUACAGAAGUAAGAGCAUCCUUCUCAUCAGCAUCAUUGGUAAGAGUUACUCUACUUGUUAACUAGCUGGUCAACUUUAACAUGAUUUUUAAGUAACCAGGUAUUUAUCAAAUAAAGUCUGUAUAUAUAAUGCUGUUACUUCCAAUACUCUGCACAUGCAGUACAGCACAGAUAGCAUGAUCAGGUCACGUGACAUUUUUACAGCGCC